GGAGGUGGAGGAGGAGGAGCGGAGGGUCUCCAUCAUCAGGGAAGSAGCAGGAGGUCUGAGGGAACGGAUCCGGUGGAUUAUUCUCCGGUGGAAAAUGGAGCUCCCCGCCGCCGGAGAGCACGUCUUUGCGGUGGAGAGCAUCGAGAAGAAGCGCAGCAGAAAGGGGCGGGUCGAGUAUCUGGUCAAGUGGAGAGGAUGGUCCCCGAGGUACAACACGUGGGAACCAGAGGAGAACAUCCUGGACCCGAGGCUCCUCGAUGCCUUCCAGGACCGGGAACGUCAGGAGCAGCUGAUGGGAUAUCGCAAGAGAGGCCCCAAACCAAAACACCUGCUUGUUCAGGUGCCGUCUUUCGCCAGGAGGUCCAGCGUUCUGGCUGACCUCCAGGAGUCAUCCCUGGAAGACGAGGCCUGUCAGAAGUCCGGCCCCGUCCAGCCGCUUCGUCCCCAGGCCCAGCAGUACCAGCUGAACGGCAAGAAGCACCACCAGUACCAGCCGCUGUGCCGAGAGCACGAGGUCGAGCAGCAGGCCAACAGCAAGAAGCUGUACUAUCAGCUCGACAGCAAGAAGCAUCACCACUACCAGCCGGACCUGAAGGGCCACGAGCCCGUGUUGGCUAAACCCCGAGAGCUYAAGSCUCCAGAGCUGGCUAACAAAGGAUACAACCUGCCCCCGGUGCUGCAGCAAAAGUGGGUUCGGGACAAAGACUCGGGCUGCCUGACGAAAGUGAAGGACAUCACCAUGGAGCUGCAGAAGCUUCCUGGUAAUCUUAAYGGCCACAAAGAGCCGGAGAAGAAAACGAAAGAGGACGCUUCGGCUCAGGCCAACGUUGUCAGCGGCGGCAAACUGAAGAUCGUAAAGAACAAAAACAAGAACGGGCGGAUCGUCAUUGUCAUGAGCAAGUACAUGGAGGGCAACAUGCAGGCGGCAAAAAGCAAAAACUGUGACCCAGAGAGCGCUGAGAGGUCAAYGCCAGGAACAGGCAGCAGCGUGGAGAAGCACCUCACAAAGAUGAAGCUCGUCAAAAAGCUCAACCUCGUGAACAGGUUCGCCAAACUCCCGUYCGACAAACCCGCUCUUCUGAGCUCCGGAUUAAACGCAGAUUCRCCCAAAACCAAGGAGCAGACCCUCMGGACAGAGCAGACUGUGACAGAACAAGAUAAGCGUGAUGAGGUCAGGGGUGGGGAGCAGCCUCCGGAGGGUCCGCCGGUGCCGCUGACAAACAAACCUAAUCUGCCAUCGKCGUUUCAGGGACUGAAGCGACCGUCCUGUGAUGCAGGUGGUGAGGAGCCUGGUGGGCAAAAGAGGUUUUUGAGCUGCAGCAGCUCUGACGCGGUUCCCUCGCCCUCUCAAAGCGUCGACCAAAACGGACCGCAGAGUCAGGCGGAGCUGCAGGACUGCGGCUACGCAGAGCAGGAGGAACCCAUCGACCUGAGCAUGGUCAAGUUCCGGCCUGUGGUCUGCUCUGCCACACAGGCAGAGGUGCUGACACUACGGCAGGAGGAGACACAAACACAAACACAAACACAAACACAGACACAAACACAGGCAGAAACUCAGACUGAAACACACAAACCUCCACAGGACAGCUCUGAGCCCGUCUCAAACCAUAAAACAAAAAAAGAUGAGGUUUUUCCUUCGUUUCAGCCUUUCCUGGGGAACAUCGUCAUCACAGACAUCACUACCAACUGCCUAACCGUUACCUUUAAGGAGUACGUCGCAGCGUAACACCUGGAUAACACCUGGAUAACACCUGGAUAACACCUGGAUAACACCUGGAUAACACCUGGGAACUGAUCAGUCUUUGUAUUUUUUCAGCUUGAAUGUACAACAGAAACUUGGUGUUUUCAUUUUGUAAGAUUCUUUUGUAAAAAAAAAAAAGGACUUCUUUAUAAUAAUAUUUGCAUAUUUCUACAUUAUAAACGCAACGUGUUUAAUUAUUUGUGAAUAUUCUGUAUGUAAUUUAACUAUUUAGUUCAAACAUCAGAGUUGGAUUAAAUACAAUCCCAGAUUGCAGAAAGUGGGGAUGUUGCGGCGAAUGUGAAUAAAAACCGACAGCAAACAUUUUGUACAUCUCAUAAACUCGUAUUUUUUUCACAAUGGAAACAUUUAAAAUGUUUAAAGUGAUGAGAUUCACCAACCAUUGCAUCUGUUUUUAUUCAUAUGUUACGAAACAUCCAAACUUUUCCGAGCUGGGGUUGUAUUUAUAGGAACUCUAAAAGGAGAUGCACUUACUUUUGCAGAUAAAUUCACUUUUCUAUGAAUGAAAACUGAUUUAUACUCAGCAGAAAAUAUCAGGAAGAAAGUUGUGCAGAGUUGUGGUAACUUACACUGUGUCAGAAUAUGUGUGUGUUUUAAAAGAGCACAUGCUGCCUGCAGAGGCCAUGGGCACGCUCAGACAGGCAGAUUAAAAAACCAAGCACCUUUCCUGUUGAUAAUUUGUGUUUUGGAAACAGAUGAGCAGAGAAAUGAAAGUAUGUGUCUGCUCCUGUCGCCCACCUUCACAAACRUCUCAUUUAAUCCGUUAAACAGCCUGAUUUCAGCUCCAAAUCUGCACGUUAUUCUGAACUCAGCAGGGUUUUUUAAGUGUUAAAAGCACAUUUCAUGAGCAAUGAUUUGGGCCCUGUUGGAUCCAAGGAAACAGACUUCUGUGCAGAUCAAAAACUGAAGGCUUUGCAAUAAUAAAACUGUUGACAGGAGAA